GGAAUGGUAAAUGAAACUAUAUAGUAUAAAUUAUAUAAGGAAUAAUGAAUGAAGAAAAGCUGAAAUGCAAUGAGGAGUUUGUUUACGGUGCCAGUGUGCGUAACUAGUACAUACUUGUCAGUCUUGCUACUGACUCAUGAUUUGGCUUCUUUCCAGGUGAUGGUUCAUGAGAGUGGUGAAAUCUGGAAGAUCACUGCCUGUUUGUUACCCGCAUAGAAGGGAUGUGUGCAUUGAGCUGACUGUUUUCACCAUACUCGGAACAUUCUUUCUGUAAUAAGUAUGCAAGACAGAGCAUGUGGGGAUGAUGGGGCUGCCAUGGUUGCUGGCGCUCGAACUUGUGCUGCAUGCGGGAUCGUUCAUGUGUGGAGUGAUAACAGCUGCCUCUGUCACCAUCACACAGGGUCAUUUUACAGGACAGUGCAUCCUCUAUGGCAGUAUCUACUUCAACACAUCUGACCAGUCCUUGACAAUAGAAAGAUCCAGUCCUCCCUCAGUCUGCUAUUUUGUAUCAGCCAUCUCCGUGUGUGUGGCCAUUUAUUGCUUCGCCAUCAUUCUCUACUGGAUCUAUGCAAGCUGUGUGGAUGAUUACGUAAAAAGGAGAAGUGUGUGUCUGAAUGUGUCCCUAGGGGUGUGUGUCCUCCUCCUGCUUUUUCACUUGGUGUCAGGGUGUAUUUUAAGGGUUGGUAGAGAUAGCCUGUGUCUCUCUGUCCUUCACAACAAUUCCUCCAUAAGCAGUUGUAAGGAAGCACAGAAUAUGACAUGGUCAAGUCCCUACAUAGGGAGCGAAUUUUAUACAGAACUGCACAGUGCUGAGAAGUCAGUGUGGGUGAGUUUCUUCUUCUGGCUGUUAGUUGUGGCAGUUGUGGUGGUGCAGAGACGCCGGGCUCUUAGUGAGGAGGACCAAUGGAGCUGUGAUGAGACUGAGCCCUUCCUCCACCGCCCGGCUCGAGUCCUGUGAACCCCACCACAAACCCACACCUCAACAUGUGGCGCACAGCAUUAAGGACUGACUAGAUGACAUGUCCAGAAGAAAUCUGGAGAAUUGAGGUGGCUGAAUCCACACUCUCACCCAAAACAUAAGGAAAAGAUUGUCUGAAAAGCUUGUUUGUAUUUUUCCCCACAAGAAAGAAUUUGUAAUUUAAAACUAUAUUAUGAAUUUUUUAUGAACAUUUUGGUAAGCACAAUAUGUGAUCAAUAUAUUUCAGUCAACCGUAAAUUGAGAAAUAUAUAUUUUAUAGCCAUUCCACAGUCAGACUUAAAUGCAUAUUGAAGAAAUGGACUUACUUCCUGCAAAAGACCGAAUGACACUCCGCAGGGGGAAGUAAAUAUAUAUUUAUUUAUUAAAAUGUAGUGCUAAAAGGGUUCUUUGUAAUUAAUAGAAGGAAAUUUAAAAGUCUAACAUUCCUACCAAGAUGCAUCUUAUUUGAUAUUCAAACCUCUAAAUAAGCAAAUCCUACUUAUAACUAGAUAGAUUACCAUCUUCUUUUCAUGCACAGGAAAGGACAAUAUUCUUGUCAGACAUGUUUUUGUCCUCUAGGUGGUCCCGACUUUUUUUUAUGUGUGUGUGUGUGUUGGGGUUAGGGUUAGAUUUUACUGCAGCUUUUUUCAAAAUUUUGCAAUGCCAAGUUGUUGUUUUUUUUGUGGAAAACUACUUGAAUUGGUGAAAUUUGAAUUUCACAGUGAUGUUUGUUGGUAAACGAGACCUUUUAGUUGUACUCAUGUUUGAUGCACAGGAAUCGAAGAGGGCUUUGGCUGAAUGCGUGUUGUGAUGACAUCAAAAGACACAUCUUGGCCCAAAUGUGCAGAAAAUCGGUAAUUUAGAAAAAUUUGCAAGCUCCCUGGAAUACUGCGGAGUUUACUUGAUCUUGCAUUAAUUUCUGUGAUCGCAAAAUCCUGGAGGGUCUGAAAAAUGUGAACCGAAGUCUGAAAUUGUGGGCCAAGUGAGCCAAUUUUGCUGAUUUUUCAAAGGUAUCAAAUUACAAGUAUAGAAAAUCACAAGUCACACCUUUAAUCUUUUACUACUAUUAUGCAUACAUUAACCACCCAAUACCUGUUUGACCACUUAUGCUAAUACAGUAUAACAGAAUCCUAGAAAAGUUCACGUUUGAAAAUAAACUUCUUAAAUAGGACAAUGUUCCUGUCUUAUUGUGUCAUUUCAGUCUUGAUCAUGGCUUCCCCUGAAAGAGGUCAAGUUCUGCCACUUGCAGCUGCUUACUGAGCUUGUGUGUGUGUCUCUCCUUGGCUGUAAAGGCUACAUUAGUGUCCAUCAGCACCCCCAGGGUUUUGUUUAUUUCGGUCAUAUCCUGCUUGGUGAGGGAGCUGUGCUGGUGUAGGCUCUGACUCUCCUCCCUAAGCUGAGUAGCCUCAGCAACCAGAGCAGCUAUUUGCAUUCGACAUUUGAUACUGCUCUUGUAGCUGUGCAGCCAACAUUAGCAGACUCUCCAUUCACUGCCCAGCUUCAUUAGAGCCACAGGGGCAAGAGAAAUAUAUGCUAGGUGUUUCACAAACAAGCCUUCAUUCCUGUUACUAGGAAAACAAGCUUGGUAUUCCCAGAGAUACUGUGACCUAAAUCUCUAAUGGCAUAAAUCAGUGAAAACAACAGCUUACUGAGAAGCUUAAAUCAUGUGCAUCCUAAACAACUCCUCACACACUAAAACUAAGCCUUUAUACACUUCAAACAAAAAAAGAGUUUAUUUCUAUUAUGAAACUCACAUUAUGUCCACGUUAUUUAACUUUAGAACACAAGCCUGACUAAGCAUAUUAUCACUUCUCUUGAUUUAGUUCUG